AUGAAGCUACUCACCAUGGCCGAUGUGUCCGACCUGUUGAUCUUUUGCUUGCUUGCCAGGGGUGUGAAGGUGGUGUACAGGACCAAGGAGCUUGAGGAGCAGCAGGCCAACCGAAUCUGGAACGAAACCUGGCUCGCAGGAUUCUUCUACAAGCCUUGCAACCACAAACUGUUUUUGAAGCAAGCACUCAACAUGGAGAUGGCCAUUGUGAUGGCCCGGUAUUCCAUCAGACGCCUGUUAGCUGACGUCCCCGAUGAUGUUGACAUGGUUGUUUUUCCUAACUAUGAAAGCAGCGUCGAGCGUGAUGAUAUAAAAGAUCCAUUCAGUGAGAAGAAAAAACUGUGCCGCCACUCCUCCCUCGAUUUCUGUCUAGGGUUUCCUGCCUCCGCCUCCGCCAUCACGGAAGCCGAGGGCACGCCGCCGCCUCUGCCAAUCCCUAGGGACGCCGCCUCCGUGGAUGAAGUGGUUCCAUUUGAUCGCAGUUUCUACCUUUUCAACUUGUUUGGUUAUGAGCCAAGACUGAAGAUAUACAAGCUUAUGUUGCCUCUGUUACCAUGUGGCAAUGCAACCAUGAAGGGCUUGACGUGUUGGCUGUCAAGAAGCACUAGGUCGACGGCAGGCAAGGCAUCCAGGAAGCCACAUCACGAGAGAGCGAUGACGCUCAAAGGUUGUGAAGAGGAGUUCCUGAUGAUAGCUGAAUAUACCGGCCUACUUGCCGACAACCAAGGCAAAAUUAUCAGCGUGUAUGCGAAACAGCCUGCUAGCUGGGUGUGUGCCUCCUGUUUGAGCGAGAGGGAGGACCUUUGCUGGGCAGUCAAAGGAUGUGCUCGGAUAUGGUGGUCCAACUGCAAGCGUAGCUUGCAGCUCCAGCUUAGAUUUGUUAGGAACCAAUCACCCAGAUGCCUUUCCUAG